CACGUUUGUCAGGGAUAGUGUCAUUUUAAUUAACAAGUAUAUUACUUCUUGUUUUCUCUUGUAAGAAAUUACAAUUUAUUAGUGUGUAUGUCUUAAGAAGUGUGUUCUGAUACCCUUACAUCUCUGGAGUCAAUUUAAACUUAUAGUUUGAACAUAAUAAGGUAAAUCCAAGCCGCAACAAGAUUCCCAAGCAGCGUUUAGUUAUUUUAUUGGGUGUUUUUUAAAACCGAUAAGAUGAUUCUAAUUCUACUCACAACGAUCCAAAUAGUAUUAGUUUUAUGUCUAUCUCAGUCUGAAGGUAAGUCAUAUAUAGAUAUAUGUUUAUUAUCAAUUUUCAAUUAGUUUCAGUUGUUAUUGACAGAUUUGAUGAGUUUUCAUUAUAAUAUACGUUAUAAAUUUCACUUAAUUAAAAGAGAUUAUGAAAAUAUGUCUUUAAAAAUCCAUGAAAAGACGUCUUCUUUUCUUUUCAAUAUCAUCUAUAUUAAAAAGAUUAUGAAUUGGGAAAUGCAAUCAGAAAAUGUUGGAAUCACCUUAACCAUUUUAGCAUGGUAUGUUAAUUUUAUGCAAUGAAAUUGUUCCUUUCUGUAGGAGAAAAUGUCUAUUUGUCUAUACAAUUAUCUUUGCCAUUUACUUUUUGAAGUAUUUUAUUUAAUUUUUUUAAAAAUAUGCUUAUCAAUUUUUUUAAAAAUAUUUUUUCAACAAAAGUUUCAUAUUUAAAAAUAGUAAAAAUACAUGUUGUCUAUUUAAUAAGGUAUAUGUUAUUUCUUUUCAGAUUUUCAAGGGGUUGUACAAUUUACUUUGAACGUAACUUAUCAGGAAAACGAUUCAAAGAUCCCAUACGACCUAAGGAGUCAUCAAAUUCUACUGAUACAACCAAAUACAAAUCUUAGCUUCUACUGUUCUGCCUCUGGCACUUCGGUGGCGUAUGUCAUGUUAGCAUUAACAAACAGAUAUAAUGUAACUAAUAAAUAUAAUAACACACAAGAGUUGAUAUUGCAACAUGAGAUUAAAAAUGCUAACUGCCACGAUUCUGGAACAUUUACAUGCAUUGCCGGGGACUUGAACAGAACAGAAGUUAAUGUGGCAAGUGAUAUAAUCAUUGAGUGUAAGUAAAUUCAAUAUGUAUAGUAUUUUACCACAUUUAUUUUAUUUGCAAAUGAAACAAAGUAUAUUAAAAUUGUUUAAUUCACACAAAUGAGUGGACGAAUGGAUGGCAUAUGCUGAUGAAAUAGAUGUCCUGUUCGCUGAAAAUGGCUCUAAGCCGAAAGGUUCAUAAUCUUAGUGUCCUGUCUUUUAAUUCGGCUUCCACAUAACUUAACUUUUUAAUUCACUUAGCUUGAAUGCCAUCCUUUAAUUACUAUCAAUCAUAUGCUACCCUAUUGAUAACAUUUUUUUUACAAACUAGACGAAAGUUUAUCAGGAAAAGUGUUUAAAUUGACUCGUUUUUCCCAUGACUACGAAAUAUGUGAAACUAAUGAACUGUACUUCAUCUUGAUUCAUCUUCUAGUGAUUAUUUGUGAAGCUACAUUUUUAUAAAUAAAUUUUUUUCCAUAAAAAAAUUAUUUAAUUUCAUUGAUUACUUCCUUUCUUUAUAAAAUAUGUUAAAUGAUAUUUUUCUACAGGUCCUAUAGAUGAGAUCAGGUUUGGAUUAACUAAUCAAUAUGUAGCUGUGAGAAAGAACACAGUUAACAUGACGUUAAUUUGCGAGGAGAACAAUCCACUAAAUUCUUUAACAUUACUGAAUGGAAGAAAUAGAUCCCAUUACCUCAACUACACAGAACGUAGCCAACAAAUUACUUACUACUUUCCUGUAAUGACAUGUGAUGACAUGGGCAGCUACUUGUGUCUUAUAAAUAGAUCAGAAUCUCCUCAUCGAAAAGAAGAAAAGAUGUUGCGGAUUUCAGUUAAUAAUUGUGAGUAAAUUAUUAAUUAUGUUCUUAUUAUUAAAAAGCAUUGUAAUACCAGUUUGAUUUUACAUAUUGUUGCAUCGCAUCAGAUGUAUGGUUUAUAUUUAACAUAUAGAAAAGUAUUAAAUGAGUUCAUAGGGUUUAUGUUAAGUGUUAUAAAAAAAUAAUAGCUCUAGACGGAAUCAUUUUAAAAAACACCAUUUGUAAAACUAGUACAUAUACUAAAUUUUCCAAUGCUCGAUCUUAUGCCGUAUGUAUUCGGACAUUUCUUAAAAUAAAUUGGCGCCUAGCUUAUGUUUUUCCUGAAAUAAUCAGCUAUGGAUGAAUCUAAUUUAUUGACUCUUUGGCGAAGAACUUAUAGCUAAAACAAUUUUUUUUCAUGAUAUAAAAUAAGAAUAUAGUUUUAGCUUUAUGAACAAUAUAAUUACUUACCCUUUUGUUCGUAUAUGAUUCAGGUUAGGUUAACUUUACAGGGAAAUUAAUGUUAAUCAAUUCUAUUUAAAAAAUUUAAUUUUGAAGAUGAAUACUUGGUUAAAGAAAACAAAAUUGCAGUAGUUUUCAGAUGUAUAUUAAUAUCAUUAUGGUUUUUUUUCAGGCCCACCGCGAAUAAUUUCAGAUUGUGACAGCGACAAUCACAUAAUCAACAACGGCAUGUUCACAUCUGUCAUUCUUUGUGUCGAAGUCCCAUUUAAUGGCACAAUAAUUGCUGUGAAUUAUAACGGAAGAUGGUUGGAGAGUAAGAACUGUAAUAAUGACUCUUGUCUUCAAUACAAUCCACAUCCAUCUGACACCUUUCGAUACAGGUUAAAUAUAACAUUUAGACAGCAGAAUCCAAUAAACGUUGAAGACGUGGUGAUAAAAAUCGGAUCAGGUUAUAACUUUAGGAAUAACUACAUCAACUAUACGAUAAAAAUGAAUGGAUCCAGUGAGUAACUAUUUUUAUAGUUUGAAUUAAAACUUAAAUGACAUAUUUCUUCUUUUAAUUAUGUUUGUCGAACAAUUAAUUACAUAUUUUUGUCAUUAGGGACAAAAACUAAUACAUUUCACUUUAACAUGAUUAUUUGCAAAUAGCAAUGGAGCUUAAAUUAAUUAAGUGUAAACUGUCACAUAUGAACAAUAAAUUUUAAACUAUAGGAACAAUCACUUUUCAAAUAUAGAGUUCAGUGAUGGAUACGAAGAAGUUAGGGAUGCCUUAGAGGUAAUAGGGUGGGUCGGAUUUUGGAGGGAGAAGAAUGGUAGGUUCGGAAUGGCUGAGGUGAAAUAAGACUUUGUUAGGUGGGAUGUACUGGUUAUAAAAAGAAUCGUUGAUUGUGAAGGGAUGGUAGGGAGUAACGAGGUGAUAGUGUGAUGGUUAUCUGACAACAAUUGCAUGUAUUUUAAAUGUAAAUCCAUGUUAUCAUCAAAAGCAUACUUUGAUAUAACCCGAUUACACUACCCCCACGCACACACACACACACGCAUUGUCAUCCUUCUUUAUUUCAUAAGCUUUCGGGUUUAAAGAAUGAGAGAGGAAUCCUUCACCCAUUUGCUUUUAAUUUUUAAUAAAUUUUGUUGUAGAAUAACCUUAAUGACUUACAAUCCAAAAUUGUUCGGCUUAACGAGCAUAUAGUGUGUUAAGUUUGCUAAGAAUUCCUGGUUGGUUGGUCGAUAAAUGUUUUAUCUUUUGUAUUGGUCUCGAAAGUUAAUUUCAUUUAAAACUGCAUUGCAGGGCGUGACACUAUACAAACAGGUUUGCUGCUUCACAAACACAAAAUCUACACAACUGCGAGCAAUUAUAUGACUCCCAAAAAUUGGCAGAAUAGGAGAUUAAUGCUUUUUGAAAUUGUAUCAACAUAUGUAUGAGAUUUUGCAUAAUUUUUAUGCUGGAAUGCAUGGUGUCAAUAUAAACAUUUUUAAUGAUAAGAACGGACGCAUCAUUUUAAGUUCAUCACAGUUCAGAAUAUUUUUCUACUUAUAGGACGAACCAAUAAUUCCGAUAAAUCUAUAACGAAAAAUAAGGAAGCAAGACAUCAAGGGAGCAGUGCCUCAGACGUUGCAGGUUAGGUAUUCAGCUUUCAAUAAUGAAAUACGAGGCACGUAUGUAGCACAUACAAGAAUUAUGUCAUGUUUAGCUUUUUAUUCUCCCCUUCGUACUUUUGGUAUAAUUUCGUUGUGAUUAUUUGUUUACUGCAAAACUCUAAGACGAAUUUAAUGGAGCCGAGUUUCUUCUUAAAUUUCGUUUAAUUUCACUGUUUUAUUGGUUACUUUUAUCUGACGAGAUUUUCAUCAUUAUGUUUUUUUCUUCUCAAAUUUUUCUUAAACUUUGUUAGUUAUAAAUACUAACUUAAAGCUUUUUAACAGCUUCCCCAACGUCAAAUUAUAUAUCAAACGACUGUUACAAGUAGUUAUAUAAUAAAUCAUGCAGCAUGAUUUGCAUAAUUUUUGUAAAGGUUAAAGCAUUCAGAGAAAUGUGCCAAUGUGUAUUAGUACAAUUUUUACAUCAUAUGUACUCUUGAUGCUUCUACAACUAUUGCAAACAUUCAAGCUUUUAAAAAACAACUACCUAACGGGAUAAUGGUAAUAAAAUGUAAAUAAACGUUGAUAAAUUUCUGUGGUUUAGUUAAUCACUUUUUACUUAAAAUAUUUACUAGCAGAUUUAAAUUAGGCAUUUAAAUUUUAGGAAUUAGCGUUAAUGCUUGAUUGGUACAAAUAUAUAUUUUUUUUAAUUUUGCAUUAUUCUUUGUAGCUCCAAAUUAAGACAUUGCAACAUCUGAAACAACAUCAUCAACUACCAGAACCCACUUAACAGCUUCCCGUAACAUUAUUUUGUGAUCUCAAAAUAUUAAAUUUCGACAUGUUACAAUUUCAUUUAGCUGUAACUCAUCUAGAGUUCGAUUUAUUAUAUGAUAUUAAAAUGAAAGCCCAAACACCUGGCUUAAAAACCUUGUUUGAGAAAAUGAAAAGUGUAAUAAAUCUAUAUGAACAGAUAAAGUAUUUUUUUUUAAAAACAGAUACUUCCAUUUUAUUUUAAAUUUAAAGUGCAUAAAUUAUAUAAAAUAAAGUUUGGCUAAUUGGAAACAUAUGUAUCGCCAUAUAAUAGCUAUUGAUAGACUUGAGUUUUAGGCCCAACGAGUUUCAUGUUAUUUGUUCAAAACACCUAAUAUCCACCAUUGCCACUAGAAUGUGUAUAAGUUGUUCGUCCUUUCAAAUGUGAAGAUGAUUAAGACUAUAGUUUACGAUGAGUAAGCAAUUGGCCCGUCAGUCUCUUUGUGUCCGGAAAUUUUUCCCAAACAUGAGAAACACCUUGUUUUGAGUCCUAUUUGGAUAUGAGACUAUUCUACUUUCCCUUGCCGCGCCUUCUUUGACCGUUAGCGGUGCCAAUAUUCUCUGACGACUGUAUUCCAAAUGUGAUCUGCCAUGCCAGAAUCUACGUCAAUGUCCUUGGAUUUUAGUGAAGCUUUUAGACAGCCCUUGAAGCGUUGUUUUUUUCUGCCCAUUAGCUGAGCGUUUCCCACUGGAGACUCCACUGAACAUUUAAUCUUUUGUGAUGUCUGCUUUCUGGCAUUCUUGCAAUAUGUGGUACCCAUUGAAUUCAUUAUCUAUUGUUACUGACAUGGGUAAUUUAGAUAUACGUAACGAGCCAUUGACUUGCUGAGAUUUUACACAUGUUACCCUGAGAGUAUAGCCUUCAAUAUUUUUAUAAUUUUUCCAUAUCCUAUUUGAAGAAGGAAAAGUAAGAAUUCAUCUUCCUCUAGAGACUCCUUUUGACAUAAGCACUCAUGUUGACUCACAAGAAUCAGAUUUGUAAUUUAGGCUAUAUUUUGAUGAUUUAAGAAACGAUUUGUCCUUUACAGCACGCCUUCCAGAGUCAAGACGUGUAGUGCCUGCUUGAACACACCAACCAGUAGCAUACUAAUCAAACCUAUAAGGCCCUUUUUACUAUCCGGUUAUCCUAAAGAUGUCUAUCAAUUGUUUCUAUUCCUGGUUGUGAGCAAUGGUGCUGUUAUUCGAAAUAUUUAACAUACUCCCCCGAAGUACUUGAAUUGCAUCACACUUUUUGAAAAUGUUGCACAAAGAUAUGUCAGAUUAUGUUAUUUUAAGUUGAAAAACAGUUUGAAGACAGAGUGAGCUGUCUUUCCAUUGUCCAAAUAAAUGUUAUUUUACGUAAAGGAAGGUCUUACGAGUGUGGAUAGACUUUAAAAAUACUACAUCAUGCAGAAGCAUUUAGCAUUCAAAAUUUAAAUAAAGAACAAUAGGAUCAAGGUAUGUCAAUUAAUCUCGACACAAAUACAUGUUCAGUAAACAGAUCAAACGUUAAAACAUAUACAUUAUAAAAACAAAAACGAAGCAAAUCAAUUAUAGAAGUCUAACCGUUUCUUGCCCUUAGGUCAGUUUUGGCAAUUUGAUCAAAGAUUUAAAUAGAUACAAAUAAUAAUUUAUUGCUAGGCUACAACUCUACAGUGCAAAAGGAAUCCGCAUUUCGAAAUUGUAACUUCAGAUGGCUUGCUUAAUUUCGUGAUCAGUGAGAGGUAUAAGACUUUAAUAUAUGAAGAUGAUAAUAUGACAUGAUAUUAUGACAAGACAUUAUGAAAAAAUAUGACAUGAUCAUAUAUCAUGAUAAUAUGACAUAAUAAUAUGAUAUUAUUAAACUAAACUUUUAUAACAAACAUUUGGAAAUAUAUAUAUAUUUAUAUAUACAUGUAUAUAGACGUGUAAUGUGACUUUUGUUAUUUUUGGACUAUUGUUGUACAGGAAGCUCAUCAAUAUCAUCAAAUAAGAGUACAUCAGCUAUGUACGGCUCUGAUCCCAUGUCCAGCAAAUCUGUAGCUGGUAAUAUAUUUGUUUCGCCUUCAUUGCCUUUUUUAAAACAUAAAAACCAUAAUAAAUACAAUGAAACAAUCGUUUCCGAAUGGAUAAAAUACUAUGUUAAAAUUGUUAAUUGUAGAACGAUAUACCGAUUUCAAGUAAUGAUUCAUCAAACGACUGAUGAGACGAAUAAAUUAAUGAACAUGUUCACUAAAAAUUAUUUAUUAUUUUUAAUUUUUCACCCACCCGAAAGGCGUUCGUUAAGAAAAAAAAUUUUUUUUUUUUGUUGUUUUUUAAUUUAGUUUUAAAUAACCUCUUCUUAUCUUAUUUGUGUGAAUUAAAAAUAUUCACAUUCACAUAUUUUAUUCAAGACUUUUUCCUCAACAAGCCCAGCCCUAUCUAUACCUAGUCCCCUGUCUGCUAUCUACGGAUUUUAACCGAACCUCAAAGUGAAUAACUUAUGUCCUAUUUUCUCUUGCGUUUCCUUUAUUGGCUAUAAUAUAAGACAUUUACUUAUAAUGUAAAUAUUUCACUAUAUAAGAUUUAAAAUUAGUUAGUAAUCGGAAAGAAGAUAAGAAGAAAUAACAAAAACUCAUCAUUUUUUAAUAAAGAUUUAAUAAUUUUUGUCCACUUUAAAAUUACAUUUGUGUCUAUCGGUGGUUAGUAUAAUUAACUUCCUUUUACAAUCUUUAAAAAAAAAUUCUGAAUAUUUAUAGAGCUCAAUCCAGAAAUGUUUAUUUUCAAGUCAAUUUCAAAUUCCUCCAAUUUUUUGGAAUCCCCGAAAGGCCCUAAAGUAUAAGUAAUGAACCUGUAUGUGUGUUGGUGUGUUGGAAUGUACGUGUUUGUGUACGAAAUUUUUAAUUUAGAUGAAUAUACUUUCGUGUUUAUUUCUAUCAGGCUGGAUGUGUGUAUACUUUAAAAUAUUUUUUUUUUUUACCACCGCAUGUGACAGGUGACAGCGGGGAGUUGGAAAGAACCGUUUUCUUUGUCCUGUUUGGAAUUCUGUGUUUCAUUACAGUGGUAACAGGAUUCAUCGCCUAUCGUUACAGAAGUAACAUAAUUUUUAUAAUAAUGUAAAAAGUAGUAUAGAAUAUUAAUAUUUAAUUUAAAAAAUUUAAAAAAUAUUUUCAAGGUAGCUGUGGGUAAGGGUAACGAUCAAUGUAUAUAUAUAUGUAUGUAUGUAUGUAUGUAUGUAUGUAUGUAUGUAUGUAUGUAUGUAUGUAUGUAUGUAUGUAUGAUACAUACAUACAUACAUACAUACAUACAUACAUACAUACAUACAUACAUUGUAUGUAUGUAUGUAUGUAUGUAUGUAUGUAUGUAUGUAUGUAUGUAUAUAUGUAUGUAUGUAUGUAUGUAUGUAUGUAUGUAUGUAUGUAUUUAUGUAUGUAUGUAUGUAUGUAUGUAUGUAUGUAUGUAUGUAUGUAUGUGAAUAUGUGUGUAUGUAUGAAUGUAUGUAUGUGUGUAUGUAUGUAUUAAUGUAUUUAUGUAUGUAUGUAUGUUAUGUAUGUAUGUAUGUAUGUAUGAAUGUACAAUAUGUAUGUAUGUAUGAUUGUAUGUAUGUAUGUAUGUAUGUAUGUAUGUAUGAAUGUACAAUAUGUAUGUAUGUAUCUAUCUAUGUAUGUAUGUACGUAUGUAUGUAUGUAUGUAUGUUUAUAUGUAUGUAUGUAUGUAUCUAUCUAGCUAUCUAUCUAUUUAUGUAUGUAUGGAUGUGUGUGUAUGUGACUGUGUAAGUAUGUAUGUAUUUUUGUAAUUAUGUAUGUAUGCAUGCAUGUAUUUAUGUAUGUAUGUAUGUAUUUUGUGUGUGUAUAUAUGUAUGUAUGUAUGUAUGUAUGUAUGUAUGUAUGUAUGUAUGUAUGCAUGUAUGUAUGUAUGUAUGUAUGUAUGUAUGUAUGUAUGUAUAUAUGUAUGUAUGUAUGUAUGUAUGUAUGUAUGUAUGUAUGUAAGUAUGUAUGUAUGCAUGUGUGUAUGUAUGAAUUUAUGUAUGUAUGUAUCUAUCUAUGUAUUUAUGUAUGUAUGGAUGUGUGUGUAUGUGAGUGUGUAUGUAUUUAUGUAUUUUUGUAAUUAUGUAUGUAUGCAUGCAUGUAUGUAUGUAUGUAUGUAUAUAUGUAUAUUGUGUGUAUGUAUGUAUGUAUGUAUGUAUGUAUGUAUGUAUGUAUGUAUGUAUGUAUGUAUGUAUGUAUGUAUGUAUGUAUGUAUGUAUGUAUGUAUGAAUGUAUUUAUGUAUGUAUGUAUGUAUGUAUGUAUGUAUGUGUGUAUGUAUGUAUGCAUGGAUGUAUGUGUGUGUAUAUGUGUGUAUGUAUGUAUAUAUGUAUGUAUUUAUGUAUGUAUUUAUGUAUGUAUGUAUGAAUGUAUGCAUUAAUGUAUUUUUGGUAUCUGUUUCUAUGUAGUAGUACAUGAAAGUAUGUAGCGUAUUCAGUCUCACAUAAAUGUACGCAGGAAUAAAUUGAUGUCUAUACGAGCUUUCAUAUUGUAUUCUUUUUUCGUUUUUAAUAAUUUAUUAUUAACCUCUAGUUUUUAUAUGGAUAUAUUAAAUGUAAAUGCAACUAGUGUUCUUUUUCAACUCAGUAACUUCAUGUAAGUGUUUAGUUAAAUGUUCCAUAAUCUUAAUUAAUGUAAAUUACUUUUAUUCUCUUUUUAGGAAAAUUUCAUACUGAUCGAAUUAGAAGAAUGAGGUAAGAAAAUGUGUCUUAAAUACACACAAAUUUUAUUCUAUGAAGUAUCUUGAUUAAAAUUAUAAUGGCUGUAUCUUUUAAUUUUCAAUAGUUACAUCUUGAUGAGGCUUUAAUUUAUUUUUUUUUUAACUCUCUUAUAAAACACAUGUUUACACUUUGAAGCACAUAGUUUUAAAAAAAAAAAAUUAAAUAUGUUUUAAAAUCUAAUCAUAUUUUUUUUAACUAUAAGUAACAGGUCAAGGCCGCGUAGCAUACUUAAAUAUUUAGCACGCUUUUUUCAAGAAGGAAGUGCAAACAAUGAUGAAGGUAUAAAUUUUUUUAUUUAUUUUAUUCUUUUUAAAUUUUUCUUUAAAUUGAUUUUUGCAAGUAAUGCAAUCUAUUCCAACUGAAUUUUUUUUAAAGAAUUGGUUGUUCAUUUUUAAAUUAUGCUUGUGUCACUAUUAUUUUUUAAUGUAACAUUUGCGUUUUAUAUGUAAGUAUAAAGAGUGCUUUUACAUUACAAGACUUAUUUAGAAAUCCUUUAUUUAGCAGUCGUAAAUGAUUUCUUUUAAUCCUUUAAAGUUUUAAAAAAAANAUUUUUUUUAAUCCUUUAAAUUUUUAAAAAAAAAAAAGAAUUAAAAUUACAAAGAAAAAAAUUGAAAAAAAAAAUAAUAAUUUUUUGUUUUUUUUUUAUUUUUUUAGUCAUUACUUACAAUAGUUACAAAUACACAUGUAAAACAACCACAUAUUGCACAAGUUUAUUUGUUUUCAUCAUUUCUUAAUGGUGUAACGAAGCCCUGAUCAGGGAGUUUAUUUUUCGGACCUUGUGUUCAGUAUAUUUAUCACAUGCGUCUUUAUAGAGGCGCGAACAGCCGGGGAGACAAUUCUCUGCCUUACAUUGUCAAUAGCUUUAUUUAUAUUUUUAUAAAGGUUUCAGCAGCGCGACAAAAGUUUGUACUGCCGGCGACGGGCCAAAAUUUGUGUCCCUUCCGUCAAUGGAAUAUCUCUGCAGAUGGCCGAUAAUCCUGUCCCUCAAAAUAAAGAAAACCAGUUUUCCGUGACUGACCUUUCCCAAGCGCACCCCCUCCCUUCUUACGUCUCUAAAAGCUUUGCCCUCUUUUUUUAAAAUCUUUUUCUUAAAGAUUUAUUCUUAAUUAAUUUUUUUUCUGUCGAAAAAACUUAAUUAUAAAUAUAAUUGUGUUAAGAGAAUUAUUUUUUAAAUUAAUUUAAUAAAGUAAACAGCUCUAUCGAUAAACGUUCAAAUAUGUUUUCUCUAAGAGCAAUUGAUCAAAUUUACUUUCUCGAAUUUUAGAUGUAUACUGUAACACAAAGAAGACGAUGAAGGCAGUUAAAAGAAAGAGCGUUGUUCAGAAAGUAGAUUUGGGAGACGAACCGUCAGAACUUUUCAAAAAAGCGCAACCAAAUGUAAGUCUUGGCCAGUCAUCAAGCAGCGGUGCUCAACCUUUUGUUCUCCCUUACCCUUUGAGUAGAAUUUUCGUUUAUGGGUAUGCCCUUAUAUUUACAUGUAGGUUUUCGUAAAUAAAUGGGAGUUUUUUGUGCCCCACAAGCAGUCAGCCGCAUACCAUCUGGUGCGACCCGUACCAAAAGUUUGUGAACCAAUGAGCUAGAGCAUUCAAUUUUGAAUUUUGAGCAAUCUUACUAUGAUUUGAGAGCAUAAAAGAGCAAUAAUUUAAUGGAAGUGUUUUGGUUACAGUUAAUAUGAGAGUUAUGAGUUUGUUUUUUUCUUGUUUUGUUUUUUUUUGUUUUUGUUGUGUUUUUAGAUAAGAUGUAUUGUUCAUUUUUUAUAAAAAAUUUAUAUUUUAAGCUUAUAAAUAUAUUUAUCUCUGGCCAUUCCAGCUGUAUCAGAAGUUCAGAUCUAAGGUGAGGACACCAACUCCUCAAACCCGAUCGAUCGAGUCGGACAAUGCUGACAGCGGGGAGGUAAUGCAGUUGUGAAGAAACUGAUAAGCUAAACGUUAUUAUUAAUAAUUAUUUAAGUAUUUUACAUAUAUUCGUUAACAAUAUUAACUUUAAAAUUUAUUGUAUCUUAAGUCAAAUUUCUUUAUAGACGUGUCUUCGCUAAUGUCCAAAAAGAAAAAUAUUAAGGCUAAGAAAGAUUUUAUCUUUACUGUGAGUGAUCUUGCUAAGUAAUAUAUAUAUAUAUAUAUAUAUAUAUAUUUAUAUAUAUAUAUAUAUAUAUAUAUAUAUAUAUAUAUAUAUAUAUAUANCCCCCAAAAAAAAAUUAAAACAAUGAAUAUGGUGAGUCAGUUGGUUAACCCAUUCGCCCCAACAACCCUGAUUUAAAGAACACAUUUCUCUUCACAAUGUAUGAUAUAGAAAUAUUAAGAUAUAUUAAAUACUUCAGCGGGUAAUCAUUUAUACACACGCACACGUACACAUAUAUAUAUAUAUAUAUUGUAACAAACUAAAACGAACAAUAAUAAAAGCAAUUCCCAUUAUUUUCUUACCCGUAUAUAAUAAUGUUACCAACUUAAUUAAAUUGCUGAAAUGCUGUUUUUUUAUGUAUACACACAGGAUUCCGGCCGGUAUCUGAGUGAUGACGGCUUGAUUUACGUCACUCUGGGCUCAGUCAACAAGAAGAGAAGGCAAAAGGUGUGCCAACGGAAGAGAAGAAGGAGAAAAGUCAAAUACGCCAAACUGGACUACACCAAAACUGGAAAGUUCACGAUCACUGACGACAACUGUGUGUACGAGGACGGAGAUCAUGUGUAUCAGAAUGUACCAGCUGUGCCGCAUGUCUAUCAGAAUGUACCGGCUGGACAGGAUAUCUAUCAGAAUGUACCAGCUUAUGUUUAGCUUUACAACAAAUGCCAACGACUUUACUCUCUGUUCAUUUCUGCUGUGUACAUAUGUUUAAAUCUCUGCCCAUGUUCGCAAGGGCAUUUUGAUAGCUGGAAGAUGUAAAUGCUUAUUUUUGGUGAUUAUCUUCCUAUCUAUCUGUAUAGGCUUAACGCAUACUUUAUAAUUUAAUUAAAGGAACUAAAUAAGCAUGAAAUAUUAAAUAAUUUUUUUUUAAUUCACAUAUACAUCUUAUAACUAGCUGCUAUAUUCGUUUUUCAAUAGUAGUAGCCUAAGUAAAAGGGAUUCCACGAAACAAAGAUGAUUAUAUUUUUUAAGCAGGCAUAUAAAUAAUCACCAUUUUGCAAUGAGGAGUCAAAAAAUGAAUGAUCGUCUGGUGUUUUCAAGCUGUGAAAAUCAUUUAAGGAUAAUUUUAUUCUAUUGUUUCUUUAUCCUUAAUUUUUAAAUUUGUAAAUGUUUCUCUCGAAAACAAUGACACCGACCGAGUGGAAAUGAAUCAGGCGGCAAAACUCCAAAACUCAACGUAACAUACAGACGAAUUCAUAAAAACCUAUGUGACACUUGCAUACAAUAAAUUUAAACAAAUCAAACCGUAGUUUAAUGUGUAAAUAUAUGUGAAACAAAAUUAAAUAGAAUAAAUCUUUUUUUAUGCUGUAUUUGUUGAUGAUUAACUUGGAAAAUGGAAUAUGAAAUUGUGGGCUUAAAUUUUGGGCUUGCAUUAGGGCUUUUUCUUCCUUCACAACCAUUAAAAAGAGGACGAACCAAUUAUUUUACACGCUUAAAGCAUGGAACCAACUGAUAUAUUUAUUACUUCUCAAAUUGUAAAUUUAAUACUUUUUCACACUUUUAACCUCCAUACAAAAGACAUUUAUAUGUAUAUAAAUUUUGAGACAGGGACAUAAAAACAUGAUUUCAGGAAGUAUAUUAUUGUUACAAAUCAAUCAGCAGAGUUAAGUUUUUCAAAAAUUUUCUUUGAUUUUAUUAUAAGACGCUAAUUUAAGGUAAUACAUUUUUAUUGAUCCCAAUAAAUGGAAAUGAUGUUACAUUACGUUUCCUGUAUUCAUUGUCAACUAUUUCAGGAAGUAUGCUAUUUAAGGGUUUUUUUAAACCCAACAUUCAGCAAUCAUGUAUCGUAAACUCAUUCAAAUAUUGAUAAUAUUGGCGUUAAGCAUGACUAUCUUAUUUUUAUGACAGUCCGGGGCGCAUGCUCGUAAUUUCUGUCAGAUUGAUAACUAUGAAUUUGUACAAUCUUUCUUUCAUAACUUUGGAGUAACGAAUGGGACCUGAUUGAGCUGAUCUUGAGUACUAUAGAUCUAUUACAUACAACUGCAUAGCUAGAGUUGGUGUCACCCGGUGCGGUAAACUCCUGGUGUCAACCCUCUCUCCCCUUCCCUCCCCCCCCCCCGACUUCCACGUUGAAUUUCUUCUUUAAAAAAGCCCACAGUAUAACUCUGACAAGAAUAAAAAAUAAAUUAAUUUGAAGUCAGGAUGUAAAUGUAACAACUUUAAAUUGACGUUAUUCUUACAUGAAAUUUACUGUAUUUAAAAUUUGCCUUCUUCUUUUUCUCCAUAUUAAGGGCCCACGAUCAAUGUAUUGAUCAUUCUGGCUCAUAUAUUUGUAGAGGGAUUUGCAAUGUUUAUGUGCCUGGUUUUUGAAGAGGAAAUUUAUCAUUUGGCUUGGUUGCACGUGUGGGAAAUUGACGUGUGAUCGGCUAUCCUUUUUAUGAAAUUCAGUUAGACCGAGCGAUGUGAGCUCUCUAAAUAUGCAGUUUUUCAAUUUGCUGUCACCCCUCCGAUGGUGGCACCCGGUGUGGUCUGCUCCCCCCCCCCCGGCCCGCACCUCCAUGGCUACGCCACUGUAUAUACAUAUAUUCUGAGAAUACAUACCAAUAUAGUUUUACAAAUGCAUUUUGCUUUAAAUAAUAAUUCAAGGUAGGUUUGAUUGAUAGUAUUUGCUUUCCUGCUAAGUUUUACAAUAUGGAUUCCCACAACAGUAGGUAAUAAUAGAAUAAUAUGUUAAUAAUAUGUUUGUUAACGUAAAAAAUGUAUUAUUUGUAUAUAAAUUUAAAUAUUGUAAUUACUUUAUGAAGAGAGGAAGUGAGACAGAGAGUGAGGUGAGAAAUUGAAGGAUAAAGAGAUCGAAAGAGAAGAAUUUUCAUCUAUAUUUAUGUUCAAG